UCGGAGUUGCAGAGAGCGCAUGUGGACUGUGACCCUGUCCGAGAGCGAGCAGACAAUGAAGAGGAGCGACUGAGCUGGUCUCCGUUUCUUUCUCUGAUAAAUAAGAUGAGAGGCUUUGUGUUGAACCUGAUGAGUUCAGGAGGAUUUUUGAAGGCAACACUCACAGUUUACACAGAAGAAAUGUCCACAACUGAAAGUCCCACCAUGCCCUCCUCACAGCUGACAUCGGACCAACUCACAGUGGUCGCUGCAUCGUUUUCUUCUUUGGUGUUCUUUGUGGUGAUUGUGGUGCUGCUGUCCAUUAUUUACCGCAAGGAUCUCCAGUGCUGCAAGCUAUGCUCCUAUCAGGGGCAACAUGCAGAUAUGGGUGCUCCUCCUCAGUACUACAGCAGCAGACAAACACUGGUGGGAUCUCCUUGUCUGGAGCAGAGUCAGAUCAUGGAUGAGAACGACACUCAGGCGGGUCAGCUGUUCUACAUCGGCCUGCCCUCCAGCUACAGCCUCCCCACUCUGGACUCCCCCAUGCCGAGGCUACCCUCAUACGAGAGCGUCCGAAAGAAGGACCGCCAGAGGCAGAUCCACAUGAUGAUCGCAGACCGCUUCGGCCUCAAUGGACCCAUUGUGACUGAGCCUCCUCCAACAUAUGAAGAGACUAUCCGCCAGUCUAUGGAGCUGCCGUACAACAUCCUGUCAUCCAAUCUGGACAUCUCGUGCCCUCAGAGUACCUUCGCCAAUACGGACACACCUCAUCUGAUCAACUCUGAGUCCAACAGCACUGUUCUACCUGUGUGAUUUUACUGAGCAAGCAUCAAGCUAUCUCGUGAAUGUGAAGGACGUGUGAUAGCUUUACAUACACAGAUCAAGUUACCAAACGAAGAAGAGUGGAUUAAAACCUGAUCUUCUUCACUUUACACAAGCUGAUACCUCAAGACUGAGCUCAAAUUGAGAGACAGCUGAUGAAGGAGCAACCAAAGAGGAGUUUUGUGAAGAGACCUUUGAAUGUUAAAAACACUUUGUGACCAUUACUGUACAUGCUGAUGAAUUUCAAAGGAGAAUCCCAGGAUAUUGACAUUUACUGAGGUGGCUGGUACACCUUGAAGAAGAAAAAGGUGGAGUACAAAAUACCAAAAAAGGGAACCACUAUUUACUUUGCUGAUUAUACUAUCAUGGAACACUUGUUUACUCUUUUAUUGUCCUAAACCAGAGACCUCAUAAUGUUGUCAAUAAGGCCUGUUUGUAUCUUGCCAAGGUUGUGACAUACUGCCAUAGAGCAUUUGAGAGGGUCAUUUAGAAGAAAAAUAAAAAGGUAUGAAUGAUAGUGCGUUCCAUGGACUUAUAAUAACACAUAUAUGUUGCUUUUAUGAGCAGUUUGUUCAUUAAGGCAGAUUGGGCUCUUGAUGAUUUCUCACUUUCAGAAGCAUUGAUUUGUUUGUUCUGCUGUUCAGCAGCUUGAAUGUGAAAUGAAAACAAACACCUGUGUGGAAACCUGCUUUGUUUACUUCAUCACACAAAGUCAUUCUUGCAUGUACACUCGCCAAAUUUCUGUCCUGCACAUUGUCAUGUACUGUAUUUAUUUGAAGAACGACGACUCCUCAUCAUAUCUUAAAACAAAUGUAAUAAUUAUAUAUUAAUUUGUUGAUGGACCUUUCUAUUUUGUCAUCAUCAGUGCAAACGGAGAGGCUGGGAUUUGAUAUUUUCAUGAAUUUGUAUGUGUGGGUGUGUGAGAGACAGAAAGGAACAUUCAAAUUAAGAAUUUUAUCCAACUUUCUUCUUGAAAAAACCAAACUCAUAUUUAAUUGUGGAGAAAUGUCUGCCCCUAUUUCUCCUUUUUUUCUUCAGCUCUUUUGAUAUUUUUGGGGGGCAGCUCUUAAACGACCACAAAAAAUAUCAAAUUAGUAGAAAUAAUCACAAAAAGACAAACAAUACUAUUCAUAGUUAGUAAUGGUUAUUGGCUUUUAACACCUUGUCCGAGACAUACCAAAUAUCUAAUGAGCCUAAAUCACAUUUUCUUUGAUGUUUCGUCUCAUUGCAAAUUAGUCAUUACUUUUAAAAUCAGAGAAGUGCAUUAAGCUCUCAGUAGAUCAAUGAAAGCCUGUUUUGAGCAGUAUGUCAUUUUGUUACUAUUUUUACGUUUACAUGAAUCAUAUGACCAUGUUUAGUGUUACGCGCAUUUCAAGUGGAAAGCCAAAUCCAUGUCAAUAGGCUGCAGAGCCUGCAUGCAGAAUGUUGUACACAGCCCUCCUCUUUGACUGAAAAACACAAAAAUAUCACUGUGUGUGAAACUCUAAAGUCAACCUGAUUACACACAAGCAUAUUAUCCCACACACUGUGUUGUCCUUUUCAACUCUACUCAGAUGUUUCUUUUUGUGGAGCCAAAAUGCAAAUACUUUUUUCCCAGUUCCAAAGACACAAAGUUGCAUAAAAAGUGAUUAUAUGAGCCUAACUUUUAAAUUAAAAAUAAGCAGCAGCUUUAUAAUCUCCCCUCCCAAAUUUAUAUUUCACAUAUCAAGUAUAUGAGCAUUUAGCCAGAGGGGGGCGGCAAUCUAUGUUAAUGUCUCUAUGUACAUGUAUGCUUCAGUUUAAUAAUCAAUAAUCAGUUCUCAUCAGCCUCAUUGAUAUUAUUGGUAC